CUGAAGUUGAGGUGUAAUCCAUACUGAAGGCUGUGGUCCUUGAUCACCAGUAAGUGCUUCAAGUCCUCUUCACUUUCAGGAAGCAAGGUUCAGUCCAAUUGAGUUGGAAGCCAAUUCAAAAGCAGUUAAUGAAAACAACCCAUUGCUGCCUAGUAUGUUAUUACCCCAUUCUAAAGAAAAAAAAGAUGAGAAUGUAAUUGAGUCCACUCUGUUUUCACAGGAUAUCAGGAUAUUGCCAUUUAUGACUUUCCAGUAUCAACUGAAAUGUCAGUGUCGUCCUCAGGACUGGAUCCCUACAGGAUUCAGGUGAAGAACGUCACUGAAGUCACCAUGUUUAUAUUGCUGGGCUUCACGAAUGAUUUUGAGCUGCAAGUCUUUCUCUUUGUACUAUUUCUAGGAAUCUAUGUUUUCACUCUCGUGGCAAAUUUGGGACUGGUUUUACUAGUCGUGGUAGAUUCUCAUCUCCACAACCCCAUGUACUAUUUUCUGAGUGUGUUAUCUUUCUUAGAUGACUCCUAUUCUUCAGUUGUCACCCCAAAAAUGUUAGUCAAUUUCCUGGCAGAGAAUAAAGCCAUUUCAUUUACUGCAUGUGCAACACAGAUGCUGCUCUUUGUCACAUUUGGGACCACAGAAUGCUUUCUCUUGGCAGCAAUGGCAUAUGAUCGCUACGUAGCAAUCUACAAGCCACUUUCAUAUUCAGUUAACAUGUCACCCAGAGUCUAUGUGCCACUCAUCACUACUUCAUAUGUUGGUGGUUUUUUAAAUGCUACUUUACACACCGUAGCAACUUUUAGCCUCUCCUUCUGUGCAUCCAAUGAAAUUAGACACGUCUUUUGUGAUAUCCCUCCACUCCUUGCUAUCUCUUGCUCUGACACUCACAUCAACCAGCUUCUGCUCUUCUACUUGGUGGGUUCGCUUGAGUUAUGCAAUAUCCUGAUCGUAUUGUUCUCUUAUGGUUUCAUUUUUAUGGUCAUUCUGAAGAUGAAGUCUGCUGAAGGGAGGCAAAAAGUGUUUUCCACUUGUGGCUCUCACCUAACAGGAGUAUCCAUUUACCAUGGAACAAUCCUCUUCAUGUAUGCGAGGCCAAAUUCCAGCUAUGCUUUGGACCAUGACAUGAUAGUGUCUACAUUUUACACCAUUGUGAUUCCCAUGCUGAAUCCCAUCAUCUACAGUUUGAGGAACAAAGAUGUAAAAAAAGCAAUGAAAAAAUUGUUUCAGAGGAAUUGGUUCGUAAAUAAAGCACAUUUUUAGCACAUUAGGAAACUGAAAAGAAUGUUGGGUGUCAGUCCAUAGUUCUAUGGUUUGAACCUAGAGAAGAAAAUGUCUUGCUUUUAUUUAAAAGGGAAUAUUUUUCUUGUUCUAGAAUUUUUUUCAAAUAAUGCAUUAAUCAACCUUCAAAGGCAGAAGUUUACAAGUGCAGAUCCGAUGUAUCAUCUAUAUGCCUAUAGGAUUAUUUUCAAAUUUACUGACAUUAAACUUUCAUUGGUGCUUUUAUGUGACUAUGAUUAGUUUUUGUUUAACUUGCUUUUGCUUAGCAUAAAGAUGAUGUCUUGGGAACUCUAUGACUCCACACAUUCUCACACUGUUUAAAGUAAGUCUUCAGGAAACAUUUGGAAGUUCAUUUCCCAUUCUGGAAUCCCUCUGAAGGACUU